AGUUCACCGAUAAAGCGAAGAGGUCUUUUGAUUGCACUACAGCCAUCAUUGGUGUGUGCUUUUGUUCAACAGGGAUACGCAUGAUGAGUACACAUCUUACGCAUUCAUUGUAUUUCUUCUACCACCAUGGACAGCAAGAAGCACAGCGUGUUGUUCAUCUGCAUGACUGUUGUAGUCCUGGCUAUGUUCAUCAUGACCAUGUUCGUUAACGCCCUGGCCGGAAUUGGAGAUAGCGUCGGUAUCGAGUGGUUUCUGAACAGCACCGGCGAUCUCUCUGACUACUACUACAUUGAGAUCACACCGGCCGGUUGGACCUUCUCCAUCUGGGCUUUCAUCUAUACCUACCAGGCGCUCUUCCUUCUCUACACGCUGACCGCCAUCUGCCGGCGCAACAAGACCGGUUACGUCUACCGUAGUCCUGCCGUUAUCACCCCGGUGAUGUUGGUGGUGUAUGCUACCAACCUGGCCCUCAAUGUCACCUGGCUCUUCCUGUUUGACCGACAGUACAUGCCGGUUGCUCUGGUAGUCAUUGCUCUUCUUCCCACCACACUGUGCAUCUUUCUGUUCAUGAACCACCGACUUGUGGAUCAGCACGGCUACGAUUUAGUCCAUACUUACAGGGGCGAGCUUAUAGCCAUCCGUGCAAUUAUCCAGAACGGCCUAGCCUUCUACGCAACCUGGGUGACCAUAGCCACACUCCUGAACCUGGCUAUCGUGCUGAGCUACUGGGGUGGGAUGGAGCAAUCCACAGCAUGUACCAUCUGUCUCUCGAUCCUACUCGUAGAGGUCCUGCUCUACUCGGUCCUUGAGAACAUCGUCUGGGACAAGUACCUUCGCUACACUUACACCGUCUGGCUGGUGGUCAUCUUUGCUCUGAUUGGAAGCAUCGCUCAGAACUGGAACGCAACCAAACCCAACUCCAUCUUUACGGCCGUCCUGUUGGGCCUGGCCUUCGCCUUGUUCCUGAUCAAGCUGGUGGUCAGCGUGUGGCGGACUUUCUCGAAGCCGCUCUACACUGCACGGGUUUCGCAGUCCAAAGAAGAGCUGGCUAUGGCUUAGGCUUGGUCUUCCCGAACCUCGGCUUCGUUCAGCUUCAGGGGAUUUCUGUUCUAAGGGGGUUAUUUCGGAAAGCAGGUCGAAGUUAAGAGUAUAUUGUGUGGCUCUAAUGUUUCUGAACGAUUCUAAUGACAUACAGACGAAACCGAAGCUGGAGAUAAAGCCUUAGUUUAGGAAAUGGCAAGAGAGUUACGUGCGCUUGCAAUCAGCCCGGGUAACUUGCGUCUUUAGUUAAUAAUAAUAACACCAACAAGACCACUCCCUCCGUGCCAUCCCAACCUUCCGAAUAGACGUGAUCACUGUUCACUUUAAUACGGAGGCCCAUUUAAUUGAGAAAGCAUCGUGUUACAGUAACACUGUUACUUUAUCCUGAACAAUAACUAACACAAUGCCAUCUUGGGGGCUUCCUUGAUAGAAUUGACAGCGUGACUAAUCACAUGCCCGGAUAUGUCUGCACUCUGCCAAUUAGCGCGCCUUUUUUCUAAUGCAUCAACCACCCCCCCCCCCCCCCCCCGCAAAAGAAUACACUGUCUUCUUGGUUAGACAGGACAAGAUUGAUUUUUGUUGUUUAAUGUUCUUUUUAUCUAGUCCUUCAUUCAUAAGCACUUCAAUAAAUAUCCAUUUAAUGUGGGUAUGUACCGGUGAUCAUGUCCAUAAUGCUUAAUUGUAUGUUAGUCACGGCUAAACUAAAGUUUGAUUCAUUUAAUAUGCAGUCAUUGUUAUUAUAACAUUUCACCACUUAAAUUUGAAAAUUGGGACUAAGCCACGUCUCGAAGAAGGCUGAAUUUGAGAAGAUGUACAAUGAAUUAUGAUUUUUCACCCUAUCAAAAAGCCUGACCGUCCUGCGACCGUUUGAAGUGUUUGCAUGCUAUCCGUAUUCCUGUCUCACACCCUGGAACUUAUAUCAAAUUAUUUGCCCCGAAAAGUGUCUUGUCAUUGGGGUUGAAAUUAUGACUUAAUCUUGGUGAUAAUUAAACCAAUGCACGAUUUUGGAA